AUGCCUGCUCAAUUUGAACCUGUCAACAGUUCCGCGACGCGUGAAUCCACGUUUGGAAAUGGGAUACCGUAUCCCAACGACGGUGAUAUCGUCAUCACGGGCAUAUCAGGCCGCCUGCCUAGAUCGUCUAAUAUUGAGAAAUUUAAAGAGAAUCUCAUGAAAGGAAUAGACAUGGUCUCUGAUGACGAAUGUCGUUGGUCAGCAGAUAUGCACGAGUUAUUAUCCAAAUAUGGCAAAAUCAAGGACCUCAGUAGCUUUGACGCCUCAUUUUUCGGAAUACCUCCCAAGCUGGCACAUAUAAUGGACCCACAGGCACGCAUGCUGUUAGAAGUCACGUACGAGGCGAUAGUUGAUGCUGGUGUCAAUCCCAUGACUGUGAGAGGAUCACGUACCGGAGUGUACAUGGGUGUUAGUUAUACGGAAACGGAAGGGUUUGGGAUGAAAAAUAUAGACGCCACAAAUGGUUUGUACCUCACGGAAAGCAAUACCGAAUAUUUCUUUAGACAGCAGAUUGGCGGCAGACAUUCAGCAGAUCCUAUUCACGCAACAUGGCGACAGAUUGCAGCCGAAACCGAGCAGAAUUUGUUGACACAAGUUGUCGUUUCCGUAGAAAAGACUUAUUUAUUGCUGAAAAAACGACAGAAACGAAAAGAACCAAUGGUAAUUCAAAUUACAGAAAAAAAUCUGUCAUGGCUGGAAAAUAUAAAAGCAGCACUGAAAAAAUGCGACAGUGUAGAUGAAGAAAUACUCCUUGUAUCGCAGGGCGAAGAAACGCUUGGCUUGGUCGGACUCAUGACUUGUAUGCGACGCGAGUUAGGCAAUGCAAAUUUGCGUUAUGUCUUUAUCCAGGACCAGAAUGCCCCCACAUUUAGCAUAUUCGUACAGUUUUAUGUGGAGCAAUUGGACAAAGGAUUAAUGGCAAACGUUUUGAAAGGAGGACAAUGGGGCAGUUAUCGACACUUGCCAAUGGAUCAACAGAGCAACAUGUCUUCUGUGCAGGUGAAACACGCCUAUGUAAACACAUUGACAAGAGGAGACCUCAGCAGCUUGAAAUGGAUCGAAAGACCCUUAAAAUACUAUCGUCCCGACAAGUUUCCUAAUAUGAAACUUUGUUACGUUUACUAUGCUCCACUGAGCUCCAGGGAUAUCAUAUUGGCGAGUGGAAAGUUGCCCCUGGAUAUUUUGCCGAGGAAUAUAGCUACGGAAGAAUGUAUAUUGGGACGUGGAUUUUCGGGGAGAGACGCUGACGGUCGUCGCGUGAUGGGUAUAGUCGAAGUUGGAGGACUGGCGACUACAGUGGUUGCAGAUCUCGAUUUCCUUUGGGAAGUACCCGACAAGUGGACGUUGGAACAGGCAGCAACCAUACCUAUCGCUUACACAACUAGUUACUAUGCUUUGUUUAUACGAGGUCAAUUGACAGCGGGCGAAAGCAUAUUAGUUCACGAUGGUACAAGCGGCGUCGGUCAAGCAGCGAUUGCCAUUGCUCUGCACGCUGGUUGUACCGUCUUCACUACCGUUGACACGUUGGAUAAAAGAACAUAUCUCAAGAAAAUCUUUCCGCAGUUGAACGACAAGCACAUUGGCACUUCCCAAGAUACCAGUUUCGAACAGCUCAUAGAUUUUGAGACUCAAGGACGUGGAGUGGAUGUCGUGUUGAAUUCACUGACAGAUGCGAAAUUACAAGCUGGCAUCCGGUGCCUGGCGUUCGGUGGCCGUUUUCUUGACAUCAGCAUGCAUGAUAUGUCGAAAGUCAGCCGCGUGAGCAUAUCAACGUUAGUAAAAUAUACUUACCAUAGUAUAUUGUUGGAUAUGGUAUUUCAAGAAAAUAAAGCGCAAAAGAAUAAACUGAUCAAAUUCUUUUCGGAGGGGAUAAAAAAUGGCGCGAUACGUCCGCUCCAAUGGACUGUGUUUUCGGAACAACAGCUCGAGCAAGCAUUCAGAUUCAUGGCGGCACGCAAGCAUAUUGACAAAGUGCUGUUGAAACUUCGUUCUGAAGAAUCAAAGAAGUAUGUAUCACCAACGCCAAAGACAGUGUCCGCGAUCUCACGUACUUACAUGGAUCCGGAUAAAUCGUACAUCUUGGUCGGCGGUCUCGGCGGAUUCGGUUUAGAACUGACAAAUUGGAUGAUCGGCCGCGGCGCCAAAGUUAUUGUUCUUGUAUCACGCUCAGGCAUUCGCACUGGUUACCAGGCAAUGUGCGUGAGUCGCUGGCGCAAAAUCGGUGUAAAUAUCGUAGUCUCCACAGUGGAUGCCGCGACAUUAUCGGGUGCCGAAGACUUAAUUCAAGAAAGCAACCGGCUGGCUCCGGUAGGCGGUAUAUUCAAUCUGGCAGUUGUACUCCGCGAUGCUCUGAUCGGAAACCAGACGGAGGUUGAUUUCAAAGCGGUCAUGUUGCCAAAAGUCGAUAUUACAAGGAAUUUAGAUGCUGUGUCCAGGAAGCUUUGCCCAUCGCUAGAUUACUUUGUGGUAUUCUCAUCAACAUCGUGCGGUUACGGCAAUAUUGGUCAAACCAACUACGGUUUCGCGAAUUCAACCAUGGAGAGACUAAUGGAACGGAGACAGGCUAAUGGUUUACCCGGUCUCGCCGUUCAAUGGGGUUCCUUCAAAGAGGUCGGCAUAGCCUCAGAAACAAUGACAGAUAACGACGUCGAGAUGUUGGGUAUUCUACGACAAGGUAUAUCAAGUUGUCUUGCGACAAUGGAUAUAUUUCUUCAACAACCGCAUCCGGUGUUAACUUCUUUUGUGUUGGCUGAAAAAUAUAAACCCGAUGACGACAACAACAAGACCAACCUCGUCACAACCAUUGCUGCUAUCCUAGGCAUUAAAGAUGUUAAUUCGAUUGAUCCUAACAGUCAGUUAAUCGAAAUGGGAAUAGACUCGUUAAUAGUAACGGAAAUAAAACAGAUUCUUCAGAGGAACUAUGCUAUUAUGUUGUCGACUCAAGAAAUCCGUUUGUUAAACUUCGCCAAUUUGCAAGAAUUAUCUUCGACCAAUAGUGACAAAGUUGAAUAGUUAAAAUAAUUAUUUUAUUUAUUUACCCUGUUUUAUUAUACUUGUUCACUAUUGUCGAUGUUAUAUUUUUGUGGAGUUUGUUGCAGCAUAAUUAUUAAUAUUAGUUUAAAAAAUUAGA